ACAGGCUCUCUCGAGGAAGCAUGAAGUCCUCGAACUUGAUCUGUUCAUAACUGUAAACCACUGUAGGUGCUUGGGGACGAAAGAGUAAUGCUGGCAUGGCCAGAAUGACAGAUGGAGAAGAUAGGGCUGCAACAUCAACAGAUGACAGGGGAUAGAGAAGCUGGAUUUUGGUAAUCCAUGGAUGUGUGGAUGAGGGUAGGUGGGCAGGAAUAAAGCCUGGGAAUUUGCACCAUAUUCUGGGGGUGCUACGAAGAAAAGCUUCAUUCACUGUGACACAGUGACACAAGCAUCGCUGGACUGGGAUCCUGUCACUCGGACUGGAAGUCCUUGGAACCAUCCAUAACUCCUCCCUCCAGCUGGCCUCCUCCUGGAGGAGUGGACUCCCGGGUUCACUGAGGCUGUUUGAAUGAGCCAUUUCUAAGGAAAACAGGAUAUGAAUGAAGAAGUGGUAAUGCAAUCCUUGGAAGAUUUGCAUCUCAGCAAAAGCAGCUGGCUCUUAGACCAUUGAUGGCUCAUUUGCCACACGGGGGACAAUUGGAAAAGGAAACGCUUCCUGGCUGGUACUGAUGCCUCCUUGUACCUCUCAGGAUUUCUCCUGCCCCUGCACCGGCACCACCACCGCUGAGUUCUCAAUGAGUAAAGAUGCAUCAGAUACUCUUCUUAUCUGCUCUUACUGUCUCAGCAAUUUUGAAUUUUGUAGGACUCGUUGUAAAUCUGUUUAUCGUAGUGGUCAACUACAGGACUUGGGUCCAAAGCCACAGAAUCUCCUCUUCUAAUAGGAUCCUGUUCAGCUUGGGCGUCACCAGAUUUAUUAUGCUAGGACUGUUUCUCCUGAACAUUAUCUACCUGUUCACCUCUCCACAUGUCGAAAGGUCAGUCCACCUAUCCACUUUUUUCCUGUUGUGUUGGAUGUUUUUGGAGUCUACUAGUCUCUGGCUUGUAACCUUGCUCAAUGCCUUGUACUGCGUGAAGAUUACUGACUUCCAACACUCAGUAUUCCUCCUGCUGAAACGAAAGCUGUCCCCAAAGAUCCCCAGGCUGCUGCUGGCCUGCGUGCUGAUCUCUGCCUUCUCCACUCUCCUGUAUGUUGUGCUCACACAGACAUCACCCUUUCCUGAGUUUCUGACUGGGAGCAAUGGUACAGUAUGUGACAUCAAUAAGAGCAUCUUGUCUUUGGUGACCUCCUUGGUCCUGAGCUCCUUUCUCCAGUUCAUCAUGAAUGUGACUUCUGCUUCCUUGUUAAUACAUUCCUUGAGGAGACAUAUACAGAAGAUGCAGAAAAACACCACUGAUUUUUGGAAUCCCCAGACUGAAGCUCAUAUGGGUGCUAUGAAGCUAAUGAUCUAUUUCCUCAUCCUCUACAUUCCAUAUUCACUUGCUACCUUGCUACAGUAUCUCCCUUCCGUACGGAUGGAUUUGGGAGCCACAUCCAUCUGUAUGAUUAUUUCCACCUUUUAUCCUCCAGGACAUUCUGUUCUCAUUAUUCUCACACAUCCUAAACUGAAAACAAAAGCAAAGAAGAUUCUUUGUUUCAACAUAUGGUGGAAUUUCAGUAGUAAAUAG